AUGGCACGCCUCUCGCUGGCAACCUGGGCCUCGGCUGACCCGGUGAUCAAACUUCCACACCCAUGCCUGACCCCAUACUUCAUCACAUCCUCCAGCAGGGCGGCAUCAUCCUCCUCGACCAAGCUGCACCAGCUGAGCACACCUGAACAACCCGACUCCCAGACACAGACUCCCCCAGAGCCCCUUCACAGCGAGAGUCUCCACUUCAGCGAGCCCGAGGACCUCAAGUCCAGCGAGCUCCCGCCCCAGUCCAACAACACAGCAUGGGCGCGCGCCCGGCGCUCACCCUCGUCCAGCCUCGUCUGGGACGGUGACGCCGCCCCGACGCUGGCCCAGACGUGGCUGUUCAUCUACGUGCUGUUCACCGUCCGGCCGGACGAGGAGUUCAUCCGCAUCAGCCUCAGCGGCGCCGGCAGCGACACCCUCGCAAACCAGCUGCGCGCCACCAUGCUGGCGGUCGACCACCCGCAGGGCGUCAGCCCCAGCGCCAGUGCCCCCGAGGAGCUGGUCCUGCUGCGCGCGUCCUUCUGGCAGGGCGCGGGGUCCCCCUUCGGCGCGCGCGGCGCCUGGGUCCCGACGGACAUCCCCGGGACGGUGUACGCCUCUGCAGCCGCCCCGGCCCUCACAUACACGAUGACCUCAGACGCGGGCGCGGCGCAGGCGUGGCACCCGCGGCGGGCGCCCAAGCCGCGGCCGGGCAGCACGGUGUACUCGCGGUGGGUGCCGCACCUGCGCGAGACCUUCAGCAUGGUGGCGCUGGACCACGGCGACCCGUCGCACGUGGCGCUGUUCCACGCGUGGCAGAACGACCCGCGCGUCAGCGCCGGGUGGGACGAGGCGGGAACGCUGGACCAGCACAAGGGCUACCUGGCGCGGGCGCACGCGGACCCGCACCGGCUCGCGGUGCUGGCGGCGUUCGACGGGGUCUUCUUCGCGUACUUUGAGACGUACUGGGCCCGCGAGGACCCCCUGGGCGCGUACUACCCGAGCACCAGCGACUUUGACCGCGGUCGCCACAGUCUCGUCGGCGAUGUGCGGUACCGUGGCGCCCAUCGCGUUGGGGCGUGGUGGAGCAGUCUUAUGCACUACCUGUUCCUCGACGACCCGCGCACAAUGCAGGUCGUCGGUGACCCCAAGUUCACAAAUUCCACUGUGCUGGCGUACGACCUCGUCCACGGUUUUGGCCUCGACAAGUUCGUCGAUCUGCCGCACAAGAGGGGCGCCCUCAUGAGGUGUUCCCGCGAGCGCUUCUUCCAGAUCUGCCCGCUUGCCGAGGACGAGCGCGAGAGGAAGCAGAAGGUCGUCGGCGGGACGCUGGUUGGCUUGGUGCCAAAGCUGUGA